AUGUUGGUCAAAUCGAUAUUACCUUUAUCCUUAUUAGCGAUAGCUGGGUUAGCCCAAGCUGAUGAAACCGAUACCACUGUUGUUACAACUGUCACUGUUACUUUGACUCUUUUAACUCCAGAGGAAUCUGCAAGUUUAGCUUCUGUUGCUGCUGCAGAAUCAGCUGCUUCUGUUGCCUCCGAAGAAUCAGCUGCUUCUGCUGCUUCUGCUGCUUCUGCUGCUUCUGUAGCUAGUGUUGCUAGUGUUGCUUCUGUAGCUAGUGUUGAAGCUGCUGCUAGUGCUGCCUCAGUCGCCAGUGCUGAAGCCGCAGCUAGUUCUGCUUCUGUUGCUUCAGUUCUUUCUGAAUCUUCUGCCCGUGCUGCUGCUGCUUCUGCCACUGCCGUCAAAUUGGAUGGUUUCAGAGGUGUUGUUGCAGUUGCAUCUUCAAACUAUACAAACUCAACUUCAUCAACAUACCAUUCAUCAAGUUACUACAACACCACUUCAACUUACCAUAAUUCAUCAUCAAUUACUGCCCACCCAGACUCUUCUACUACAGCAAUUACAACCAGAGCUGGUAGUACCACAGUCGUUUCUACUGCUGAAGAAGCUUCUUCUUCAUCUGUAGCCGGUGCCGCUGCUAACUAUGCUGUCACUGGUUUAACUGUAGGUAUGAUCGGAGCUCUUGCUGCCGCAUUACUUUAG